AUGCGCCGUCGUUCGUCAAGUGCACGUUCUCCGUCAUCGCCAGCCUAUCGUCGUUAUUCGAAUUACAGACGUUCAUCUCCCCAACGUUCAUUUACACCAGAAACACGUUAUCAUCCACGUCGUUCGCCACAUGAUAGACGACGUGAACCUUCACUAUCAUCUUCACAUCGUUUUCGCCGCCGAAGUAGCCGUGAUCGUUCAUCGCGUGAUCGUAAGCAUCAUCCAUCAGAUCCUGUCUCGCCAAGAAGAACAAGCAGUCGACCUGUCAGCAGGCACCGCUCCUAUCAUUAUCGUCGACAUUCAAAUGAUCGAAAACCUACCUCAAAACCAGAUAAUUAUCAUCAUUCACAGUCGUCAUCAAAAUAUCGCGAUAAUCCAAGAGAAAAAGACGAUAGACAUGAACGAAAAAGUGGUAGUAGACAAUACAAUUCAAAAUCACGACACUAUUCACCUUCACAACAAACAAAACGUUCAUCAAGAAAUCGAGAAGAUUCUUCGUCUAGAACAAGUGGAUACACAGGUGAUCAUUAUAAACAACAAGAAGGACAUCGUUCAUCUGAAAAUCAUUUUGAUCAAACUAGACAUGAAAGAGAUCGACCAAAACUCGAAUCUUUUAAUUCAAAUACUGUACAAUCACAACCUAUACCACAUACGAGUACAGAUUUAUCUCAUACUUCUUUGUCUGCUCCUCAGUCAAUGUCAUUUAAUAGCAAUUUUCAAAAUUCAAUAUCAAUACAUAGUCACAGUCCCGAUCCCUCUUCAUCUUAUUUACCUCAUCAAUCUAUGUUGCCAUCAAAACAAUCUGAAACAAAUAUCGAUAAUUUAUCUAUUAUAUCAGCUACAUCCAUCAAAUCAGAAUCUUCGUCUCAAAAACGUAGAAGUAAAUCACCUUCAACAGCCAUAAUAUCAAAUAUAAUUGAUAAUAAUAAAGAUGAUAGUAAACAUACAAAAUUAGAAGCACCUUCAAUCAUGGAACAAGAUGAAUCCGAACAAGAACAACAGCAUCCUAUUUUGGAUAUUCAUCCUUCAAUAUCGUUCGUAUCAACAGUGAUGAAUGAUGGUAAUAUUAAAAUGGAACAAACAAUGAAUGACGAAGUGACGUCAACUAGCGAAGAUUUAACAAAGUUUACUUCGUCAAUUUCAACUGAACGGUACGAUGAUCUGUCGCCACUGGCAGACCAUUCAAAAUCUUCACGUGCAAAAAAGUCAUCAUCAACGGCAAAUGACAGUAGAUCAAGAAAAGAAUAUCAGCAGAAACCAAUAAUUGAAUCGGCAACAGAAAAAUCACAAGUUCGUCCGCGUUUACCAUCAUUUGUUGCGAAGGCAGAAGGAAAUGCUAGUAAUGCGGAAUCAAAUGGACGGAAACAACAGACGUCAACAACACCAACAGCGAAACUUCACGUGGUUGUUUCUGAUCGAAAUUCAAACAAAGAAUCGUCUUUAUCACGAAAGGUCUACGUAACAAGUUCACCUUCUGUUCCACCAAAAAUCGAUGAAGAAUAUCGUUCACAUCACCAUCAGCAGAAUUAUCGAUCAAAAACGUCUCCUCAAACAAGGCAUGCCUCGUCACCUGAUAGACAGCACAAACACUCAUCAGAAACCAUCGUACCAAAUGAUAUUGAUUCUGGAAAACGACGCCA